AUGUCGAGUUCGACUUCGACCAGCUCAAAGGGCAGCACCACCCCAGCUGCAAGUGCAAAAUCUCCUGCUGAAGCACAGAAGCACAGCACCCCCGCUACGUCAGAUAUGUCUGACGCAGACGAGGAUAUGGACUCGGACUCAGAAAUGGACUAUCCAGGCGGCAUCUACAACGAGACUGAUGAUGAGGACGACGGCUACAACCACCCCGUCAUAAACGACACCAUUCGAGCGAUCACCGCGUUUCUGAAAACCGACGUGCGGAAGUAUCCUGGCGUCGACCUGAAGAUCAAGCCCCUCCGCGCCGUCCCCUACGGCUACACCGACAGCGAGCAAUUCGACAUCUGGCAUACGGGAAUAGAGGUGCUUCUCCAGUUUUACCAGGUUUGGCCGGUUGUCAGCUAUGAGGUGGUGCGACUCCCUGCCAAGGGGAAGACUUGUCAUCAUAUCCGGGAAGCCUACCCCGACCUGCCCAAGUGGCGUGUGCAUGAGGGGCGCAUGCUCAGCGUCGCGACUGCUUUGAUAUUCGCGAAUCUCGAUGAUGAGGUCCGGGCUAAUCGGAGUGUGCGGCGUGUGAUAAGCAAUAUCAUGGGCCGGGAACCUGAAAUGUUGAUGUAUACUCUGAUAGAUGAGUUUGGCCCUAAUAUGGACGAUGAUGAAUCUAGUGUCAAGCCCGUCUUCGAGUGA